CGCGCUCCCUCGGUGCAGCUAGACUGCGUGCGUGAGUGGGAGGUGGCAGGCCUCUGACUCUGGCCUUCCCGGCUGACUGUUCCAGCGCGACGUCUCCAGCCAUGAACCGGUUUGGUACCCGGUUGGUGGGAGCCACCGCGACCCCGUCGCCGCCGCCGAAAGCCCGCAGCAAUGAAAACCUCGACAAAAUCGAUAUGUCUUUGGAUGAUAUUAUCAAGUUGAAUCGAAAGGAAGGAAAGAAGCAGAAUUUUCCAAGACUGAAUAGACGACUCCAGCAAACUAGUACUCGGCAAUUCAAGAUGAGAGUACGGUGGGGGAUCCAGCAAAACUCUGGUUUUGGAAAAGCUAGUUUGAGCCGUAGAGGAAGAGUAACACCUGGAAAGAGACGUCCUUAUGGAGUUAUCACCGGUCUUGCGGCUAGGAAAGCAACUGGAAUUCGAAAAGGGAUUAGUCCUAUGAAUCGUCCACCUCUAAGUGACAAGAAUAUAGAACGAUAUUUUCCAGUGUUAAAAAGGAAGGCAAAUCUUCUGAGACAAAAUGAAGUACAAAGGAAACCCGUUGCAGUUCUCAAGAGACCUAACCAGUUAAACAGAAAAAAUAACAUCCCAGCUAAUUUUACCAGGAGUGGAAAUAAAUUAAGCCAUCAGAAAGACACUCGUCAGGCAACUUUUCUUUUUAGAAGAGGCCUAAAGGUUCAGGCCCAGUUGAACACAGAACAACUGCUAGACGAUGUAGUAGCAAAGAGAACUCGUCAAUGGCGUACUUCCACUACAAAUGGAGGAAUUUUAACUGUAUCCAUUGACAAUCCUGGAGCAGUGCAAUGCCCAGUAACUCAGAAACCACGAUUAACUCGGACUGCUGUACCUUCUUUCUUAACAAAACGGGAGCAAUCCGAUGUUAAGAAAGUUCCUAAAGGUGUCCCUCUACAAUUUGACAUAAAUAGUGUUGGAAAACAGACAGGGAUGACUUUGAAUGAACGGUUUGGAAUCCUGAAGGAACAAAGAGCCACUUUGACUUUCAACAAAGGAGGAAGCCGCUUUGUAACUGUAGGAUAGAUCACAUGUCAAAGGAACUUUUGAGUGAUGACUCUGGUUGAAAAGUUGGAUUGCUUGAAGAGUUCAUCACAGAAAUUCAAGAAACUUUACUUCAAAAUAUUCACAAGGCUGAAUAACUCUUUAUUUUUGAAGUUUUUUUUAAACAUGUAUAAAAUAAUGCCCUGAAAAAAUAACAGGGAAUAUACCUAUCUCUUCUUAAAGAUUUCAUGGUUGGCCCAUAUGGAACAGUUCUGUUUACUUCUUUGGUUCCUCAUGCAGCAGAAGGAAGACAGAAAGAUAGAAAUUGAUUAUUUUUAUGAUAGUGGUAUUUAGGAUUUCAUCACCUUUGCUCAUUUUUUUAGACUUCACCGUGGUGAAUCUUGGUCUUCAGAAAUCUGAGUAGGUCCCUUUGUUACUGUCACUUAUCCUUUAAUAGUGUGGAUGUAAUAAGUGCAGUUGCCUUUUCUCCAAUAGAUAUAUUUUUAAAAAAUCUUAUGAGAAUUUCAGUUUUGGCUUUUAAGAUGUAUGGAAAUAUUUAGAACUUGGUUCAUUUUUCAGGUAGUGUUAGAUUAAACCCCCAGAGUUGUAAAUCUUUAGUGGUGAACUUUUAACAAGAAAUGUGGCUCUUGGCAUUAUUCUCAGUUUAAAAUAUUGGCGUUUCAAGGCUGUAAAUGCAUAUUUACAAAGUUAUCUGAUAGGGCGUUGGAGAAGAUCUGAUGUAAAAAUCUGACAGUUUUCUGUUUUAUUAAAUGAAGAAAGCAUUUAAUGAAAGGAAGUAGUAAGUUGAAGGACCAGAAACUUAAGUGAAAAACUUCAAAAUCCAGGUUAUAGGUAUACUUUUUGGAUUUAGUGAAGUCUUUCUAAUGUCCACAAAUUCUUGACAGGUAAUACUAUAAAAGCCUUAUAAUUUUAAAAAUGAACUGAGUCCCUUAGAUAUUUUGAUAGUAAAAUUAAUAGCCAUAAAGUACUACAAUUCUUACUCAAAAGUUAAAAUUUAUAAAUUUUAAAGUUUAUAGCUCCUGAAACAAAAAUAUACUGUAAAUGUAACAAAGAAAAAAAUGCAGAAUUGCAAUAGAAUUACAUUAUAACCUUGUAUACUUUUCACUCUGAUUUCCAGUAAGAUACAAAGUUCAAAUAUAUGAGGAAAGUUUUUUUCCCUACUUUGGAGGGGUGGAGGGAGUUAUUCUAUGGUGCCAAGAUAGUGCUAUGAGUCCUCAGCUAGUUGUAGACUAUAAAUUAUAGUAAAAUGCCAAAAUCCAGCAAAAUGCUCCAGCUACAAGUUUAGAAGUUUGGUCGUUUUGAAACUUGACCUUUUGGUUUCCUUUGAUGUUCAAACCUCUAAGGAAGUAUUAAGUUUCUCUGACAUUAUUAGUGUUGACUUAUCCUAUAAAACAAAACAUUUAGGUUAUCACUUCUGCCUACCUUGCAUUGUAUACUAUACAUCAUUGUCUCAUGCUCUUUGGUUUACUUACUGGUUUAUGCUAGUCAUGGAAAGCUAUCAGUAACAGUUUCAUGCUUAUACCAAAGAAUUAUAUCUGAUCCUUACUAUCUUGUAUUCUGCCAGUACUUCUACUUGAUAAGGGAUUAUUGGAAACCGGUCACAGAAUUUGAAAAUAAACAUAAUUCUCCUUAGCUAUUCGGUACUUUUCAUAGAGGCCAAGGACUCAUUGCAAAACAUUUUUCAAGUUUAAAUACUUACAUUGGACCCAAGAACAAUACAUUUUAGACAAGUUUAGAAUUGCUGGUAUCUUAUUUUAAAGCAAAGGAAAAACAACUGGGUGUGAGUUUUCUGUUUUUAGAA